CCUCCUUCCCUUCUUUGCAAAACCAUCAGCAUAAAACCCCCACCCCCAAGCCUUUGCAAGCCCCUCACACCAGAAGCCGUGGCUUCUGAAAACUCUCCAAAACUUUCCUCUCUCUCCAAUUUUCUUCUACUGCUUCCAGAAAGAAAGAAGUUUUUUAGCGCGUUGAGAUGUGUGGAGGAGCGAUCAUCUCCGACUUCAUACCCUCUGGGAGGUCCCAGAGGGUGACCGCCGAUCGUCCCUGGCCGGAUCUCAAGAAGGCCGGCGCGAAGAAAAAGAGCAGGGGCAAGCGCCAGCCCGUGGUGCGCAUCGACGACGACUUCGAGGCCGACUUCCAGGAGUUCAACGAUGAGUCGUCGGACUCCGAGGUGGACGCCGAGGCGGAGCUCGUCGACGUCAAGCCCUUUGCCUUCCCACCCAGAACCCCAUUCUCCCGAGAUGGAUCAACCAUUCUGAAGCCUGUAGAGUAUGAUGGAACCCUGUCUAAGUCAGGUAAAAGAAAGAGAAAGAAUCAGUAUAGGGGAAUCCGUCAACGUCCUUGGGGUAAGUGGGCAGCUGAAAUUAGAGAUCCUCGUAAGGGAGUUCGUGUUUGGCUUGGAACAUUUAACACUGCUGAAGAAGCUGCAAGGGCCUACGAUGCAGAAGCACGCAAGAUCCGUGGCAAGAAAGCGAAGGUGAACUUCCCUGAUGAGGUAUGCGCAAGUGCUCAAAAGUGCAUCCAGAAAGCAACUGCCCCAAGAGCACCCAAACCAGACCAACCCGAGAAUUUUAAGUUUAGCCAGUCAUUCGGUUACUUGGGUGAACCAGAUCAAGAUUUCUACUCUGUCUUUGACCUCAUCGAGGAGAAGCAGCCCAUUAAGCAAGCUGAGAACCUGAGUGCCUUCCCUGCAAUAAAACCUGUUGUUCCUACUGAGGGACCUGGGAUGAAUUUAUACUCUGAUCAGGGAAGUAACUCUUUUGGUGGUUCAGACUUUGGAUGGGAACGUGAGGCUAAGACUCCUGAGAUCACAUCAGUUCCUGUUCACAUACCCACCAUCAUUGAAGGUGAGCAAUCUGCAUUCCUGGAAGAUGGCAGCCCACCACAGAAGAAACUCAAGAACUAUGCUAGCGAGGUGGUGCCACCUGCAGAGGAGAAUACUGCGGCAAAACUAUCUGAAGAUUUGUCUGUUUUUGAACCAUACAUGAAGUUUCUUCAGAUGCCUCAUCUUGAGGGGAGCUCGGAUGAGUCGAUCAACAGCUUUCUCAGCAGCGACGUAACUCAGGAUGUGAGUGAUGUCGACCUCUGGAGCUUCGAUGACCUGCUGCUGCCUGUGGAAAACAGCAUUUACUGAGGGAUCUCGGAUUCUGGCAACUGGUGUUUUGUAAAUGAAGAUAAAAGUGAGUCAUCUUGAUGGAGGAUAUGGUGAAGCGGACAUUGUCAGUUGUGCUUGGUUUGUGCUAUCAUCUAUAGGUACUUAAUUGUUGGUUUUAGUUCUGUUAUCAUGUGAACCGUUCCUGUUGGAGUACUGGACUUGGGUCUUUUAUUAUGUUGAUGAUAUGAUGGAUAAUGUUGAAACCUGUAAACUUUCUGCUUUGAUUGUAUGUUUGUCCGAUGUUGCUAAGGAAGAUGCUUGUGGACAUGUUGGUACUUGAGAUUGCACCUUUA